CGGAGCAGAGGCGCACGGCGCGUUCGCACGUGAGCGGCCGCCGUGGUAAGCCGCGAGCAGGUAGACUCGCUCCGCCGUGUUUACCGACGUCGGAACAUUGUUUUUCUCGCCCGUACUGCAGCAAGAAGCGAGCGCACCCUUGGGCAGCAACUGUCUGCGGAUGAUUCCUACGUGUGUGUGCUCGUCCGUCCGUGGACACAGAGGCGUCACCGGAGAAGAAAGGCAGCGUUAGGAGUCCGUAGGCCGACUAACGGAGCGGUGGAGCCCGGACAGCCGCUGUGGGGCGGCGGCAGCGGCUGCGGCAUGCGGCUGUGGCUGGGGCUGGGGCUGUGCAGGCGGCGGUGCCGCAGCCCCCGUGUGGUGCUGGCGUGGCUGCUGCUGCUGCUGGUCUGCGCCGCCGCCGCCCUCGUCCUCCUGCUGGCGCUGCUGCUCCUGCUGCCAGACGGCCUGGAGGACGGCUCAGAGUUUGGUGUGGGCGUAGGCAUUGGCAUGGCUGUCGAGGAGGACGACUGGAUCCCCGUCAGAUCCGGCCAGCGGCAGAGCGAGUUCGUAGACUCCCGCGGCGUCCACGUGGUUGUGGGCCGCUACGUGCCGGACUCCGGAGACUCCGCGUCAGAAGUCAACCUCACCAGAGAGGAACUGGACGGGAACGCGUUCUCGCCCGUGGCCGGCGAGGGCCGCGACGGGCAGCCCGUGUUCCUGCCGCCUGCCCUGCAGGGCCGCAGCCGGCGGCUGUACCGCGUCAACCGCUUCAACCUGGUCGCCUCCGACCGCAUCCCGCUCAACAGGUCGCUGCCCGACGUCCGCAGCAAGAGGUGCCAGCGGCUGUACGGCUCGGGCUCCAACGUGUCGCUGUCGGAGCUGCCGGCGGCCUCUGUGGUGAUCGUCUUCCACAACGAGGCGUGGUCCACUCUGCUGCGGACGGUCCACAGCGCGCUGCUUCGCUCCCCCAGGAGCCUGCUCCGCGAGAUCCUGCUGGUUGACGACGCCAGCGACAGGGCGUUCCUGGGAGAGCCCCUGGAGAGGCACGUGGCUUCGCUGGAGGUGCCGACGCGCGUCAUCCGCACUGGGCGGCGCGUGGGCCUGGUGCGCGCCAGGAUGCUGGGCGCCGAGGCCGCCGUGGGCAAGGUGCUCGUCUUCCUGGACGCCCACUGCGAGUGCACCGCGGGCUGGCUGGAAGCGCUAGUGCGUCGCGUGUGGGAGGACCGGCGCGUGGUGGCGUGCCCCGUGAUCGACAUCGUGAACGAGGACACGUUCGCGUACGAGCGCAGCUUCGAGCUGCACUGGGGCGCCUUCAACUGGGACCUGCACUUCCGCUGGUACGCACUCACCGCCGCAGACAUGAGGCGACGCCGAAAGGACCUCGCGCGCCCGUACAGCACUCCCGCGAUGGCUGGGGGACUGUUCGCCAUGGACCGCGACUACUUCUUCGAACUCGGCGGGUACGACGACCAGAUGGACAUCUGGGGUGGCGAGAACCUCGAGAUGUCCUUCAGGGUGUGGAUGUGCGGUGGGCGCGUGGAGAUGGUGCCGUGCUCACACGUGGGCCACGUCUUCCGCAGGUCGUCCCCCUACUCCUUCCCUGGCGGGGUCUCCACCGUGCUGUACUCCAACCUGGCCAGGGUCGCUCUCGUCUGGAUGGACGACUGGAAGGAGUUCUACUUCAAGUACAAUGCUGAGGCGGCCGCAGUUCGCGACCGCCAGACAGUCCGCCGCCGGCUGGAGCUGAGGAACCGGCUGCAGUGCCGCAGCUUCCGCUGGUACCUGGACACAGUCUGGCCCUCGCACUUUUUCCCCACCGAGGACCGCUUCUUCGGCAAGCUGGUGCACCAGGAGUCGGGUCUGUGCGCGCGGCGACCGGCGCCACGUCCCAGCGUCAACCAGCCGGCCGGCCCCGCGUCGCUGGGGCCUUGCGGGGGCGGCAGCCCGCGCGCGCACCUGCUGGCCGCCUUCGUGAUGCCGCGGCCGGGCUCCGAACCCGGGCCGCUCGCCACGGACGAGGCGCUGUGCCUGGAGGCGCCCGAGCGGCCGCAGCGCGCCCUCGCCGUUGCAGCGCUCGCCGCAUGCUCCGGUCUGGGCCGCCAGCGGUGGCGGUACAGCCAGAAGACACUGGCACUGGAGCACCCAUCAAGUGGUCUUUGUCUCACUGUGUCUGAUGAUUCAAAGUCACUUGUCACUGCCAAGUGUGAUGGCGGAACUAAGCAGCAGUGGACACAACAAUCCAUGCCGUGGAGGUGACAGUGAUCACUAACCGCAAUGGAAGGAAACAAGCAAGCCUUUCCAUCCCAGACAUUUCAUCUGGAUCUCUCUCCGAUGAGCACCAGACAGUGUAUAUUGUAUAAUUUUUUAAGUGUACUUGUCAGAAACUUAUGACAACCCACUGGCAUACAAUAAUGUUUCCUGGUUGUUGAUAACAUCUGGAUGUUGGCAAAAUGAAACAAUUGUAUCAACAUUUUUUUUUAAGAAAUGAAAUGCAUAAGUGUAAGGAAAA